UUUAACAGUUUGCUGACUUCCCAGUUUCAGAUCAGGCGCCAAAAUUGAGCAACUAGAAAUGUGGAUCGCCGGUUGCGUUUGUUUGGCAUUUGUUGUCGCUGUUAGUGCCUUGCCUCAGGAACCGAAGCUUGGUUCUGCUCGUGUCGUUUUCCAGACUAAUUAUGGCGACAUUGAGUUCGGAUUCUUCCCUUCCGUGGCGCCCAAAACUGUAGAACACAUUUUCAAGCUCGUUCGACUUGGAUGCUAUAAUACGAACCAUUUUUUUAGGGUUGAUAAGGGAUUUGUAGCCCAGGUGGCGGAUGUUGUAGGUGGACGAUCUGCCCCAAUGAAUGAAGAGCAAAGAAAGGAAGCUGAAAAGACUGUCAUUGGCGAAUUUAGUGAUGUUAAGCAUGUGAGAGGCAUUCUUUCAAUGGGGAGAUAUUCUGAUCCAAAUAGCGCAUCAUCUUCGUUCUCAGUACUUCUUGGAGAUGCACCUCAUCUUGAUCACCAGUAUGCAAUAUUUGGCAAAGUUACUAAAGGGGAUGACACACUGAUAAAGCUUGAGCAGCUACCAACUCGUCGCGAGGGAAUCUUUGUAAUGCCAACUGAGCGCAUCACAAUUCUUUCAUCGUACUACUAUGAUAUUGAGAUAGACACAUGUGAAGAUGAAAGAUCGAUUUUGAGAAGGAGACUUGCUGCAUCUGCUGUUGAAAUUGAGAGACAGAGGAUGAAAUGCUUCCCGUGAUUUUGUUGGCAUGGUCUGGGUCAUCAAGGAGAAAUGCUAUGUUUAAUACGUGGAGUGUUUGGCUGAACAGCAAUGAACUCAAAUGGAACCAAGUGGAUGAAGGACCUUAUCAUGUGGUUACUCGAGCUAGAAGUAUGCUCGCAUCUUGGAAGAAAGCUCAGCUGAAGCUGUUAGGUUCAGAUAUAGGCAUCAAUGCUUCUGCAGGUAGUCAAUAGCUUCCACCACCUACUGGCACUUUGAAAAUAAACUUUGAUGCCGCUCUUCUCCCAUCUGCCGGCCAUGGAGCUGUCGGUGCUGUACUCUCAAACUGCCAUGGCGGAUUUGUAUGAACAACAAUAUCUUCAUUGCACGGUUGCUCUUCUCCAGCGGUAGCAGAAGCUCAGGCGUUAAGAAAGGUAUUAACCUAGGUGCUGUCGGAACACCCUACUCUGACGAUUCAGUUUGAGACUGAUUGCCUUCAAGUCUGUUAAGCUACGAGGAGUUCUGUCCACGACUGGUCCGAGUUUGGUGUUGUCAUUUCUGAAUGUAAACUACUCUUAGUCCAAUUGCCUAAUGUUACAUUGGCUUAGAUUAGAAGACAAGCAAAUGAUAUAGCACAUGUGUUGGCUAAAUCCGUCCCUAGUGGAGCUUGUUUUCAAACUUGGGAUAGUGCUCCCGCUUGUAUUGCUCGUUUCUUCUCUUAUUAAUAUAAUCCGUAAUUCAAAUGUCAGAAAAAAAAAAAAAAA